AUGCAUAGCCUCGCGUUGUGUGGUGAAACGGUCCAAUGGCGGGCUGUCGAUUGGCCAUCAGCCUUGUCCAAUCAUCUUCCGACAAGGCCAGUCGGUGCGCUGAUUGGCUGCUGGGCAGCACCACUUGUCCGGCCCAACAGGUUUCGUGGAUUGCACACCCCGGUCGACCAAUCAGCGUCGAGCAGGCAGAGGCGAACUAGCUGCCGACUGCAGAAGGCCGGUGCAGGCGACCGGUCGUUGUUCGCUCCUCAUUGA